ACUAAGCACAGCACCUGAGCAGUGACCGCUUACACAAUGGCCCCACUGAGCCAGAGCCACAACAUGCUGACGCUAGUGUCGCUCGCUCUGGGCUUGUGUCAGUUCGUCGGCAUCUCAGCCUUUAACUUGGACACGGAUGGCGCACUGAGGAAAGACGGGGAGGCGGAGAGUCUGUUUGGUUUCUCUCUGGCCAUGCAUCACCAGAAACAAAUGGGGGACCGUAAAGUAUUGCUAGUAGGUGCUCCUCAUGCCAAAGCCUUGGGGAAGCAGAGGGCAAAUGUAACAGGAGGACUGUAUGGCUGUGGUUUCACAACUGAACCCAAUGACUGUCAACGCAUCCAGUUUGACACAACAGAAACUGCGGAGGACCACAAAGAGAACCAGUGGAUGGGAGUGAGAGUUCAGAGCCAGGGCCCUGGGGGAAAGGUUGUGGUGUGUGCCCACCGCUACCAGAGAGGGAAGUCGGAGGAGUCUCGGGUGAUGCCUGGCCGCUGCAUAGUCCUGGAGCAGGACCUGCAGGAGCAAGUAGAGGAGCGAGACCCGUUCUGUGCUGAGGGAGGCCGUCUGGCAAGGCCGGGGGGAAGGACCAAGGAAUUCUUUGGCUACUGCCAACAGGGAGUCUCUCCUGCCUUCACCAGUGACAAGAAGCACAUCCUAUAUGGAGCCCCAGGGGGCUACGACUGGAAGGGUAUCGUGCGUCUAGAGCCGAUAGACUGGGAUGUGGAUUAUCCUAAGUUACUGGAAACCGGGGAUGAGGGAGAGAACAACCCCAUGCUCAUUCCUGUCAACAUCAGCAGUUAUUUAGGAUUCUCCAUAGGCUCCAGCACCAGUCUGACCAAUAAAGGGGAGCUGAUCAUCGUGACUGGAGCCCCCAGAGCUGGACACAGUGGUGAGGUGCUACUGCUCCGGAGUGAAGAUGGAACAAAAGGUCUGGGUCUGGCACACCGUCUCACUGAGCCUGGGCUGGCCUCGUCCUUUGGCUAUGACCUCGCAGUGGUGGACCUCAACGCAGAUGGGUGGGAUGACCUGGUGGUGGGCGCUCCCCAGUACUUUAAAAAAGAUGGAGAUGUGGGAGGUGCCGUCUACGUCUACAUCAAUCGAGCCGGAGGCAGAGACUGGAACAAUCUUAAGCCUGUCCAUCUCCACGGAAAAAAGGACUCCAUGUUCGGGCUGGCAGUUCGAAGCAUCGGUGAUGUCAAUCAAGACAGAUUCCAAGAUAUUGCAAUAGGAGCACCGUAUGAGGGACCCGGACAUGUCUACAUUUACCAUGGCUCUGCGGAGGGCAUUCUAAAGAAACCCGCACAGAUAAUAAAAGGCGAAGGUGGUGUAAAGUUAUUUGGAUAUUCCUUAGCGGGGAACAUGGACGUAGAUGAGAAUGGAUAUCCAGAUGUAGCUGUGGGGACUCUCUCAGAUUCUGUAUUUGUUUACAGGGCAAAACCAGUCAUAAAUAUUGAGCAGACCUUGACGAUAACCCCUGAUAAAAUCGAUGUAAAAAAUUACAAUUGUGAUCUGCGUCAAUGCUCAAUUACUGUCCAGUCCUGUUUUAGUUUCACCACACAUCCAGCCACCUACAAGCCAGACAUAAAUAUCCGCUACAUGCUGGAAAUAGACCGUCAGAGGAGGGAGUGGAAUCUGCCAUCUCGGGUCGCCUUCAAAGAUCCAUCCCAAGCAGAGGGCACUCUUAGGCUCCGGGGUCCAAAUAAGGAGUGUGUAAGCACAGAGCUCCGACUAAAGACGGACAUCCAGGACAAGGUGAGGGCGAUCCCCAUUAGUGUGUCUUCAUCCCUCCUGGGUGCCAUGUCCAGCCACCAGUCAGCACUCAGUUCACUGCCUGAGCUGAAACCUGUCACCUCACCACAGAACAAACGCACAGCUGAGUUCAAAUUUGUGAAUCUUGGAUGUGGGAACGACAACAUCUGUAGAAGUAACCUUGAUCUACAGUAUCAAUUUGUAUCCAGAAAUAAAGAUACAGACCUCUUCACGCCAUUGAGAAGUGAGAAUGGCACAGCAGUGAUUUCUGCCAGUGACAAAAAGAUUAAUCUGAAGAUAACGGUGACAAAUAAAGGAGGAGAGAACGCCUACGACACUCAGCUGGUUGCCACCAUCCCAGGCCCAAUCUUUUACAUGUCCUACUUUUCCAAGGAGAAAUCUGUGUACUGCACUGCUAAUGCCAAUGGCACCCUGGUGACAUGUCGCUUAGGAGACCCUUUACCCAGAGAUGGAGAGGUUGAUUUGUACAUUACACUGACUACAAUGAAUAUCACCUUGAGCACUUCAGAUGUCAAUGUUACCCUUCAACUGCAAACGACCAGUUCUCAGAAUAUAUCAGCAGUGGCCACCAGAGGCAGAAUCAUCUUUGAUCUUAACCUGCUGGUGUAUAGUCAUGUAAGCCCAUCCCAGGUGUCAGUAGAUGGAGGGAAGGCGAAAGUGGACAGUGAAAUGACAUCAGAGCAAGACAUUGGUAGUCUGGUCGAAUACAACUUUACGAUCAGCAAUCUGGGACUACCUCUGACAUCAUUAGCCACAGUGUCACUGGACAUCCAUUGGCCCAAACUAAAUAAAAAUGGGAAAUGGCUCCUGUAUUUGGUGCAGAUCGAGGGGAAAGAUGGUCAAAAAAUGUCCUGCUCUCCCACACAGGAAAUCAGUCCUCUCCAACACAUCAAGGCUCAAGGCACGUCCAGAGGCAAGCGACAGGCUGAGGAGUCGGAUCUGGAGGCCCUGAGCACUGACGGAAUAUUAUCCAUAUUUGGAAGAAAAAGGAAAUACAAAACACUGGUUUGUGGUGGAGAAGCACAAUGCGUCACUAUAAAGUGUCCCCUACUUGGCCUGGAAGAUAAAGCAGUGGUCCAUCUCAGAUCUCGUUUGUGGAACAGCACAGUUCUUGAGGAGUAUGAGUCCUUGAACUACCUGGACAUUGUGUUCAAUGCCUCGCUCAGCAUCCAUUCAGCUCCAAAAAAUAUCGGCCUCAGGAGCCCCCCUACUCAGGUGAAGCUGACGGUGUUCCCUGAGCGGAAGUCGUUGCUGCACCGCAGGGUGCCCUGGUGGGUGAUCGUGUUAUCCCUCCUGCUGGCCCUGGUCCUAUUGGCUCUCCUGGGCUUCCUGCUGUGGAAGCGUGGCUGCUUCAGUCGUCCGAUGUGUGGCAGAAACAAGAGAGAAUAUCACGUUGUCUCAGAACAUCCCUCUAGAAAGCACUGAAUGCAUUACGACGGUCACCAUUGGCUUUACUUACAGCUUUACUUGAGCACAGGUUGUGUUCAAAUCGUAGCACCUUCUAGAUGUAUGGGAAUGGCCUUGUUACACACUGGGAGCUGGCUAGCAGUCCUGACCAGAGAGACAAAACUGUGGUUCUACAGUACAAAGACUUCUGAGUUGAUACCCGUUUCAACAUUACAUACUUUUUCUAUGCAUUUUUUUGUAUUUUUUAAGUUUCCUGAUUGCUUUCCUACAAAAAAAAAAAAAAAAACAUUUAUAGAUCAAACAAACAUUUUAUUCAUUGGUUUCACAUACACAACGUGUUCCUGACAGUUAGGAAUACGGAUUAAAAACAUUUACAUCACAGUGGAACAUUCAAACAAAAGGUCAUGUUGACUUGUGCCAUCACUGUACAAUUACCUAACAAUGGUAUCAAUGAUUGUAUCAUGGAGUUUACAAAUUGGUCAUUUUGAUUGGACCAAACUCUUUUCAACUUGUGCUUCCCUCAAAACGACAAUUGUGUAUGUGUUUUUUUUUUAUUUAGUUAUCAUUUCUAAAGUGGUAUGGACAUUAUGGACUACGUCACAUAAAGAGUACCAGAACAAUCUACUGUACAUUGGUGUAGUCACCUUACUGUAUGAGUUUUGUUUUGUGGUAUUGUCAUAUGCAAUAGGCAGAAACAGCCCAUCUCAAGGAUUGAACAGUUGACUUAGUAUUACUACACCACCAAACUAAUGUAAUGACAGACAGACACACACACACGCACGCACGCACGCACACAUGCGCGUGCACACACACCAUCCAUAGCACACAAAUAAUGAUAUGCAAACAUUAGUAAAAAUAAGGUGUGUGCUUCAA